AUGGUGGCGAUGGUGUGUCGUACCGGUCGAUGCGCUAAAGGAGUUGAUGAAGAAGAGACAGUAGUUCCUCCACAGGAGAAACCCCUAGAGGCCCCGCCUGAAAUAGUUGAAGGUGAAAAAGAAGAAGGAGAGGAGAAAGAAGAAGAAGAGAGGGAAGAAGGAGAGGCAGCAGAAGCAGAAGAAGGUGGUGCUGCAGCUGAUGCAGCUGAUACAGCAGCAGGAGAAGCACCAUCAGCAGAAACAGCAGCAGCAGCAGCAGCACGGCCAGCAUCAACUCUCAAACCUAAAGCUAAACCUAAACCAAGGAGAGCUGUCAGCCCAGCAGCAAAGAAAGCAGUUAAAAGCAGCCCUGCAUUCUUUACAGGAAAGGCAGCAGGGCUUCCACCACCUCCUAAAGAGGCAUGCAUAGGGCCCCCGCCUGACGUACCUGAGCCGCAGACAUCCCUUGGCUUAGGAGCCUAUUUAAUUUAUUCACAAGAAGAUCAAGGUAAGCUAAAAGCACAGUGGAGUAAAGCCCCUCUCUCUGGAGCCGGAGUCUUAGCUUAUCUUAAACCUGAGAAAGAAGUUGCAGAUUAUAAAUUCGAAAAAAAAUCUGCAAUUGAAGUCUAUGCUACAAACUGCGAGACCUGCAUGCCCAGCGAAUUCCCUGCAGAUAGGGAGAAAUUCUACAAUGGCUGGGGAUCUUUCUUUAAGCAGCUUUCUGCACACGGAGGCAGCAUAGUGUUGCUACCAGCAGCUGCAGCUGAACCUCCUCCGAAGGUGAAAGUUGUGCUAUUUAAUAAGGGAAAGCUGAGCAUUGCGCAAGUUGGAGAAGAAAUUUCAGCGGCUUCAUUUGAAAGUCUGGCGAUAGUUCCUUCGAACGCAACAAAGUUUGACGCUAAAGAAAUGAGUCUCUCUGACUUCUCCACCCUUGCGCAGUCUCAAGGAGCUUAUGUUAAUAUAAAGAAGUAG